AUGCAGCGAGGUGCGAUGCGAGGGGUGAGCCCAACAGCUCGGCGUCGAAUCGUUGACCGACCGGGUCUCACAGAGGACGAAAUCGAGGAGAUACGCGAAGCUUUCAACCUCUUUGACACAGACGGCAGCGGAAUGAUCGAUCCGAAAGAACUGAAGGCUGCAAUGCAGUCGCUUGGCUUUGAGACAAAAAACCCGACGAUCUAUCAGAUGAUCGCAGACCUGGACCGCGACUCGGGAGGGCCCAUCGAUUUCGAGGAAUUUCUCGAUGCCAUCACGGCCAAGUUGGGCGAUAAAGAAAGCCGAGAAGGGAUUCAGAAGAUUUUCAGUCUGUUUGACGAUGACAGAACGGGCACGAUCACGCUAAAGAAUCUCAAGCGCGUAGCGAAGGAAUUGGGAGAGACGAUGUCCGAGGACGAGCUCCGCGAGAUGCUUGAGCGAGCGGACUCCAACGGCGACGGGGAAAUCUCCUUCGAGGAUUUUUAUGCCAUCAUGACGAAAAAGACUUUCCCGUAA